UAAAGUUUCCCACAAUGCAAUGUUUUUGAAAAUAGGCGCGUCAAGAUGGCGGACACGUCGCUUGAACACUCGGCAGAGGCUUUGAUGAGUCUACGAAGUGCAGGCAAGGGUAAGCCCACCUCUUCACCUCAAACUCAGGAGGACAGUCCACGCAGGCCACCACGCAUUAGAAAGAGAAACAGGCUUAUCUUUGAGGACUAUGAAGACACAUCAUCCAUUUCUUUGCGUUCAUCUCCCAGUAAGAGGACGAAGGUCACACCUAUUAAAGUUGUGACACCAAAAGUGAGACAAAAACCUGGUAAUGUUUUAAGCACACCUGAUAAGAGAGCUGCUCAGAAUCUUGGUACUCGUUUAAAGAAUCUCCUCAAGCUACCAAAAGCAUACAAAUGGUGUAUAUAUGAAUGGUUCUACUCCAAUUUAGACAAAGCUUUGUUUGAAGGUGAAAAUGACUUCUGUGUGUGUUUGAGGGAGUCGUUUCCUCAGCUGAAGACUAGGCGCUUGACACGGAUAGAAUGGAUCACAAUCCGUAGGCUGAUGGGAAAGCCCAGGAGAUGCUCAUCUGCAUUUUUUGCUGAGGAGAGGGCAGCGUUGCAAACGAAGCGCCAGAAAUUAAGAUUAUUACAACAGAGGAAAAGCCAUGAGCUGGAUCCAAGUGAGCUUAAAGACUUACCAGAUGAGGUUCCUUCUCAACUAGUCAUUGGCACCAAAGUAACAGCUCGGCUCCGUUCGCCUGUAGAUGGUUUAUUCACUGGUCAAAUUGAUGCAGUGGAUCCUACAAAUGCAACAUAUAGAAUAACAUUUGACAGGCCUAGCCUUGGGAUUCACACUAUCCCAGAUACUGAAGUACUAAGUAAUGAAGAACAGGAAACGAUUCCUCUGUCCUCCUUCAUGAAGAACUACAACAGGCCAAGAGCUAGCUUCUUCUCACCAGCUAGGUUGACGCCUGGGCUUUUAGAAUCGCCAGGACUUGAACAUGAUCCUGUUAUGAGCUUGUCCCCAAUGCGAGGCAAGCUUCAGGGCCUAAAAGAAAAGAAACUGGGUGGUUUUCCUAUAAAAUUUUUACUCUUUGUGACAAAACUUUCAAAAAUAUUGGUUCAUAAGAAGGAUUUGAUUCAGAAGUUGCGAGACAUGAAUGCAGAAGCAGAAAGACAGAAGUCAAUGGAAAUCGCGCUGGCGAUGGAAUUUAAAAAGAUGUAUGCAAGCAAUGUAUUAGAAUUGGAACGACUCAACAAAGACUUGAAUUCUUAUCUCAUUGGUGUUCAGCAGUAUUGCCAAGAGAUCGCUCCUGGUCAGGGACUUGAACCUAUGGAUCAACCAGUUGAACAGAAGCUGCGAUGCGACCAAGAAGCAAGUCAAAUAGUUCAUGAUGCAAAUUUAGCCUUAGGAGAACGUUCUGUAAAGAAUGCCCAUUUGAAUGAUCUUAUCGCGAGUUUGACAUCUUUAAUGCUCCAAGUUAAGAAUUUAGCGUCAGGGGAUUUGAAUUCAUAUGGAUUUCAGUCAUUGAACGAGUCAUUGCAAGAGAUUAAGGGGAAGAUAGAUCCUUCAAAUUUUACGUGCUUCCAGAAUAAUGUAGAGGUCCACGUGGCACAUAUUCAGAGUGGAAUGACCCAAAUGGGUAACCUACAUGCCUUCUCAGAAACCAGUGCACUACCAUUCUGAACAGAGUGAGAAUAGAUCGAUUGAAUUUUUUAACCAAAGAUUGUCAGUUGCUAUGGUAAUGCAGUUAUCAUCUUAUUGAGUCCAUACUUGGCCACAUUCUGCUCUCAAAUCUGGGUGGUGUUAUUGGGAUUGGAAAGAUCAGCUGUAGCACUGGCAUAAAAAAAAAAAUCAGCUGUGCAAUGUGGCAGAUGUGAAAGAAAGAGAAGAUUUUGCAAAGGAAAAUGUGAAUUUUCAAUUGUUCAAUUCAAUCGUUUUGAUGUGACCAGGCACUAUGGCAGACAUUAAAGAGAGAAGGGCUUUGCAUAAAAUGUAAUUGUUCUGAUGUUGCAGACUUCAAACAGAGGGGAACUUUGCAAUAAAAUUUCUUGUAAAUGUGACAUUUUCUCUUGUUCUGAUAUGACCAGACAGUAUGGCAGACAUCAAUGAGAGAAGGACUUUGUUGAGAAACUACAGUACUUGGUAAAUGUGGUUUUUUGUCAAUUGUUAAUGUGACCAGGCAAUAUAGCAGGCAUCAAAGGUAGAAGAACUUGGUAAAUGUGAUGUUUUGUCAAUUGCUCUGAUGUGACUAGACAAUGUGGCAGAUGUCAAAAAGAGAAAAGGACCCGGCAAAGGAAUUGGUAAAUGUGAUAUUCUGUCAGUUUGAUGUGAGCAGGCAAUGUGGCAGAUGUCAAAGAGAGAAGGACUGUGUGAUGUUUUGUCAGUAUUUCUGAUAUGACCAGGAAAUAUGCAAAUAUCGAAGAGAAAAGGAAAUGUAAUGUUUUGUCAUUAUUCCGAUGUGUUUCCAGUAUGACAGAUAUCAAAGUAAGGAGGACUUUGCAAAAAAAUUACUUGGUAAUAUGAUGGUUUUCAAGUGUUCAGAUGUGACCAGACAAUAUGGACAUUAAUUGUUGAUCAUGCUGUGACCAGGCAAUGUGGCAGACAACAAUUACUUUGGUAAACGCGAGGUUUUGCCAAUUAAUUUUGAUGUGCCAAGAGAAUAACUGUGCAUCAGAAUUGGAUGGUAAAUAAUGCUAUGACAAUUGCAAUAAUGUGGCCAGGCAUCUAAGAGAGUUAGAUUGAUGCUCUAAUAAUGAGGCAUAUUAAUUUGAGCCAUAAAGCAAGUCUUUAAUUUGUAAUGAUCGUUGGGAUUCCAAUUGGAUACAAGAGAUACACAGUAUAGCAUAUUUGAAUAUUAACUUUAUACAUGUUGGUAUGACAACCUGGGUUUCAUUUUCAUUAAUAAUGCCCUUUUUACACUGCGAUGGUGAGAAUAAACAUGUUAAUUCCUGAGUGAUACCAGGUGCAUUUCCAUUUAUAUUGAAUGGGAAAGUCUGGGUUGAUCUUGAGUUCACCCCUUUUUACACUGGCAGCAAAUGCGGGUUCAAAUACCGCCUCCAAUUGUUUUGAUAGUUAUCAUCAUGUCGCUCGAGUCGUGAUGGAGCUGCAAUUAUUGUCAAUAUUAAAGCAAUAUAUCGGCAGAUUUUUUUAUUUUGCGAAUUAAAUCAGCAAUUAUUUGUUAUGGAAACGCAGGAGGUUUAAUUUAAAAAGUAUCUUGAUCUAGCCCGUUACCAGCAAAUGUAACGGGCUUAAAAUCAUACAGUUUUUAAAAUGCCAAUUAAGAAAAUCUUAUAUAAAGUUGAGCAAUGUACAUUUUUGGCAUUUGAUUGGUUGGUUUUCAAUGAAAAAAAAUCACAGUGCAUGGCUGAAUUUUUGUUUGUGUGUGACAUUUUGCCAAUUUUUCCAUUGAAUUUUAUUUUUAAAAUGAGUUAAGAGAAUAUCGGUCUAGGCUAGGUUGGCCGCAUACCACCUCUUUGUUUUGAUCCUGCGAGUGCAGAUGAACAAAUGGCAAAUAAUGUUAGUCACAUGGAUAGAAUGUGUUCAUUUCCUGGAAAAUGGCAUCAUUGCAGUGAAAUGAUAUUCAAUCUUCACCUGCACUCAUAAAUAUUCAUUAUUUGUUUAUCAUUUAACAUAUUGUCUGUCACAGAGACUGGUGCAAUUCUGUUAUAUAAUGUAUGCCAAACCAGGGAGGACUAAUUUUGUCUUGCACUUUGUAUUAAAUUACUAUUCAGAAUAUCUGACAUUGCCUAAAGCCUGUUUUCAUAAACUCGAUACACAAUCGCUACAGUGUUUUCAGUAUAAUGGUUGUACUUUUUAGCAGUUCCGCAAUCUGGAAGGCUCCCUGAUUCAACCAUCCAAUCAGCAUCACCGAAAGCUUUCGGUGAUAGCGUGUAACGAUUGUAUGGAAAGCAAGCUUAACACUGACACAAUCCAAAAUUUUCAAAAUCUAGUAUCAGACUUUGGCAAAAUUUAUGUUUCUGAUGGAGCCCAAAAUAUUUUAAUUUAUUUUGUUGGAAAAUAAAAAUGUUUAUAAAGCUUUUAAAAAAUUUGAUACCUUACAGAUACCAUACAUUUUGUGCGCUCUGGUUACCAUCUAAUAUAGCAGCUGAAUGAUAAGCAGCAAGAGGUCCGACUGCCUUGAUUUUGUGUUGUAGCAUUGAGUUUGGGGGGGAGGGAGAGGGUAGGAAAAGGGAGAGGAGGCAUUUUUCUUUUCAAAAUUAUAAAUAAAGUGGG